AUGAUUAUAUUUAUAUUGUUUAUUAUAUUUACUAGUGCAACAGAUUCUAUUACCAGUAAAGAAGAAAUAAACAAAGAAGUUGUAUAUACUCAAAUACACACAAAUAAUAUUAACGAAAGAAUGUACACUAGAUAUAACAUACAUUUAAAGGAAGAAACUUAUGUGACUGGAGAAAGUAUAACUAAAGAAGAAUCAGCAUCAACGAGUCUGGGUAAAACAGAUAAAGGACAACAGAGUGGAAAAGUAAGUGAAGGAAAUCAAGGAGCAACUGAAGAAAGCUCAGGGAAGAAAAACGAAGAAAAACCAAAACAGCAACAAGAAGUAUCUAAGAAAGAAGAAAUUCCUGAAAAAGGAAGUAAAAGCUCAGAAAAGAAAGAAAGUCUGAAAGAAAAUAAUCAAGAAAAUCAAACUCAACAACAAGAACUUAAUGAAUAUGAGGAUGAAACUGAAAAAGAUAAGAAAAAAACUCAAGAAGAAAGUGAAUCAGAUCAAAAACAAGAUAAGGCAAGUACAAACCAGAGUAAAGGAACAACAUCAGAGAAAAAAGAUAGUAAGGUUGGUACAAACAAUAAAGAUGGAACAAGUCCUGAAGCACAAAAUGACAAAGUCAAAAAUCCAGACACUGAGAGUGCAAAUAAAAAAAAUGAAAAUACAGAAGAACAAGAAAAACAAAAGCAAAAAGAGAAAGAAGAACAAGAAAAGAAAGAAAAAGAGAAUAAACCAAUAAAUAAUUCUGAUAAGUCUGAUAACAAUAACACUAAUCUUAAUAACCUUGACUCUACCACAAAUAUUUUCAUUCUUCUUUCGUUCAUGAUUAUUUUUACCAUUUUCUAA